AUGUGCCGGCUGUUUCUCCGGAACCAGCCAGCCCCUAGAGGCAGCGUCCUAGAGAGCCGGGUGCUCUGGAGGGGCGCUCCGCCCCAGGGGUCUCUGUGGCCCGGCCUCUGGCGCCCACCUGUGGCCCCUGCGGUGCCCGCCUCGGUGACGGGCAGUGAGGAUGCGCAGCCUGCUCCGUGCUCUCGGCGUCUCGGGAACCGUCCGGCGCCUUUCUCUGCUGGCAGCGCGCGGAAGGUUCUGACUGGUGCCACUUUGGUGACCACUGGGUUCCUCGGCGUCCUUCACUGUUCAGAUUUGGAGCUUGGCGAGGAUUUGUUCUGCUGGGAACGUGCCUGUCUCUCUCUGGCCCCAGGGAGGUGGUGGAGUGACCUGAUGGGAGCCGAAUGCCUGCCCCGGGACAGCCUGGAGCCUUGCGUGUCUGGCCGUUUGCGUGGCGCUGACAGGCCGCCCUGGCCACCGGUGUCCAUCGCGGGCGCAGAAGGGUCUCCCGGGCCCGACCCCUCUCCCCCAGGCUGGGGCAGAGGCCGCGGGUGCAGUGCUUUCGCAGGACCGCUGGCCCGGGCUGGCCCGUUCACCUUAGACUUGCACAAGCAGCCGGUGCCCGCGGACCUGCUCUCAGACGCAGUCUGUCCGUGCCGGCGUUACGCUGGUGGCGGCCCUGGAUCCUGUGCCUGGCCCGGGGCUCAGCCUGAUAAACAUCAGAGAGAUGACUGUGUGCGGUCGUUUCCUUUACGUUCCAGGUGCCUCACAGAACUUCAGUCCUGA